CGACGCAGAUGUGUCCUGUGAGACAGAGAGACUGCGAUCAGAGAGAAGGCACCACCGACUCUGUCCACCGGCUGGCCCACGUGCAGACAGACCAACAGCUAUACACCCACAGACCAGCACGACACUCACUUAUCCAUCUGACUUAGUCUUGUUCGUCACUCUCUGUACACGAGCAGCCCCCUCCUCACUUCAUCACCAAAACGACUGUGUCCAUCAAGACUCUCACUCUCGCUCUCACACCCGCCCCAAUGUUGGAGAAGCGAUGCACAGCGCAAAACAAUGUGUCUUGAGGUGGUCGUGAUUCGUCAAGCGGCAGCAGGUCAGACAAGAGGGGAGAGACGACCUCGAUCCCUCCCCAUUCGCGUCACCCACGCCUACUACACGAAUCAACGGCCACAACACGACACAAACAUCUUCGAGAGAAACAACCAGCAGCGACAGCAGCAGAAAGUGAGAACAGGCUCCUGCCCCACGCCUGACUGCCCUUCCAUUGUCUCAUGCACUCUCCUCCGCCGCUUCCUCUUCAGCCAUGCCGCUGCCACACCCAACGUGCCACAUCGUCUUCACACAGAACGCCUCAGCCCUCGUCCAGUGCCACAGGGUGCCGGCAACGCAUCCGCUGAUGCACUUGGCGAGGUUGGUGUACACCCGGCCGAUACCGAGGGCAGCAUUGCCAAGCAGCAGGAAGGUCAGCGCCCACGCCCGAUGCCGGUCCCAAAAAUGAUAGAAGACCGUCAGACACAAGACGCCGAACAAGAUGAAAUGCGCCUCCCGACGCCAGCCAAGAUGCUGGAGAUACGCAAUACACACAGACAGGCAACGUGGUGGCAUCAGAGACGCAUGUGUCCUUCUCUUCACCCGUCCGCCGCCCAUUUGGUUCUGAUCUUCCGCCUCAGUCUCCAUCUCCUGGUCAUGGCCCUCGCGCCGCAUGGCCGUCACAAAGCGGUCCCGCCUGUCAGGAAUGAUGCCGCCCGUUGAGCCGUCGAUGUGGAAGGCGACAAGGGUGGCCGCCAUCGUCCCACUAAUGCGAUAGACGUCAGGUCGCUCGUCAGCCGCGAGUUCCCCGGCAGUUACCUUCUGCAAUGCGCUCUCCAGCUUGACGUAGAUCUGGCCCAUGGUGGGCUGAUGCACAAGGCACCGAAAAGACCUGGAGCAAUGCAACCACGGGCACACACAGAUAACACACAGACGAAGUGCGUGAGUGUGAUGAUUGGCUUCGUUCUCACCUUCAGUCGUUGUCAGCUGACGUGUGAGUUCCAAGAGUGUGCAUCGUCGAGAGAGUGCGGCGCAUCAGGCUGUGAAGCGUUGCGUGAUCUUCCCUUGACGACAUCGAGCACGCAACGCAAAAAGGGACCAAACGUG